UUUUCCUCUUUGUUUUUCAAGUUCAACAUGAAACGACAUAUUCAGUGCUGUCUUUUUUUGCAACUGGCUGUGGUUCUACUAUCAGAUGCUACUGGCACUCUCCAGAAUGGUAGGUCAACCCCAAGUAGUCCUACAUGUGACCAACGGAGCUAUUGGCAUUCCCUUAGAGUGGAGACUUCAGCUGAUCAGUGCUCUAAGACAAUCAACUUGAGCCAUAACACAUCAAUCAACCUUCAUCUUUAUUCAGAAGUUUGUGAACGUUGUCAAGGUUUUUUAGAUUGUCCCUUGACACUGUUGAAGAAGUGCAGGAUUCGCUUCACCAUUGCUGAUGAAAUGGAAAAAGCGUUGUUGCAAAUUUGUUUCCAAAGUCACUCAUUUACGGUUACUGAUUGUCUGGAAAAAGUAACGUUUGAAGAACGUACACCAUCUGGCACCCUUAAUCAUCUAAAUCGCCAGGAAAUAGGAUGUUCGCGUCGAUCUUACUCAAGAGAAAUAUGCUUGGACUAUGGAAGUGGCCUCAACAUUGUAUUCUCUGGUUACAAUUUUUGCUCUGUUAAGGGAUAUGGUGUUGUGAAAUCAAAAUCAGCUCAUCACAUUUCUUUGAGCAGCAAUGACAGCUGUCCUUCAGGUUCCAGACAUAUUGACGUACACAGAGCCAGUGGUACUAUUUCUUCUUACUAUGGAACAAAAGACCAUGCCCCUGCUGUAUUUUGCAAUGCCACUCUGAGUUCGUCUUACUCUGGGCGACGUAUGGACUUUUGCUUCAGUUUUCGCUAUGCAAGCUUUCAGCCUGGUGGGGCUACUCUUCAGAUUUAUGAUCAAUCUGGUAAUAACCGCAGAAAGUAUGGAUAUGACAAAACACCUAGUAGGAACUCAGAGUACUGCAUCCUUCUGGGCAAACCAAAUAAGGUCAAGGUGUUCAUACAGACAGCCUGUUCCAGAACAAGUGAAUGUGCUGCACAUAAUUAUCAGCAUGCUUUUGUGUUUUCAUAUAAGUUCAAAGAGAACCUAGAAGCCGAGGCCACCUCUUUCUCUGAAGGCGAAGAUGAUAAUUGGAGGAUGGUUUCUGCUGCUGGGGCUAUUCUAUUCAUUAUCCUCCCCUGUUGUUGCUGUAUGUGUUGGUGCUGUACGAGGAAAGACGCUUCAGAGUCCACAAAUGGUACUGGUACUGCAGCUGCUGCAGAGUCGCAGGCCACGGGUAAUCCAAGAGGUGAAACCAGGGCUCCUGUCUUUGUUCACCCAACUCAAAGCAUCAGCUCAAACAGUCAAGGCCAGGCUCGCUACCAGACCACAGACAUGUCUGCCCCACCUCCAGCAUGGUCAACGAUUUACGGCCGGUCAUCUCGCAGUCAUCCUCCUUCUUCCUCAGCCGUGCCGGCCUCCAAUGGAUAUCCUUCUCCUCCACCCAUUGAAGAGAGUCGGCCAUUUGUUGACCACAAUAGACAGGAUGAUGACUCAGAUUUGCCUCCAGCAUACAACUCAUUGUUUCCUGAUAGUAUGUGAAAUUACUGAAAGUGGGAGUAUCGCCAAAGAGUCUACAUAACAAGAGGGGCCACUUCUCUCUUUGAGUCAAUUAAAAAAGUGUCCUCAAAAUUCGGUGGCGCCCUCUUCA